GUCACAACACCGUGCAGAGAUGGCGACGCUGUCAUCACCGCUACGAGUCUGCAGAGGAAUACUGAAAGAAUUACGUGCCGUCCAGGGACCAAGUUACAAAAAGUCACUGGCCUACAACUAUGUUAUGGACCAGUUUCGUAAGAAUAAGGUAACAGGAGAAAGGUACUGCCGUGCUCAGCAGGAGGCACACCAUGACUCUCACACAUACCUGUGUUUGCUGGCAUCUACCAGGAACCACCUGCUCCUGCACAACCUUUACCAUGGCAAGGGAGAGCGCAGCCCAGAAGAAGUGGCUGGUCUAGUGGGGCUCAGGUUGCCCACUCAGCCAGGAGGUAAAGGCUGGGAGAAGUAAGGACUUGGGAGGGUGCAACACGACACUGAAAGAAAAUCUUGACACCCUUCAGAAAUGACUUGUCUGUGGCUGUUUCACCUCAUGUAAACUCCAAAGGGAUAAAUAUUUGACUGGAGUCUGGCAGACUGGACAUUGUGCCAUCGUGGACUGCUUUGAGAUCCUUCACUUAUUACUGUUGUGUUGUUCUACUAAUGUUCAAGGGGAUGAAAUAUUAUAAUAAUCUGACCUGAGAGUGUUUGAAGCAACUGUGAAAAUACAUGCUAUGGUUACAAAUCUGUAAAUAUGAUACACCGUUCAGUGUAUCCACACAUGCGUUUAUUUGUUUUUUGGCAAUUUUCCUAACUGUUAAAAAGCAAUAGCUACAAGUCAAAAGGACUGUAAGUACAUUUUCACUUUGAUUCAUUUGUCCCAUUAAAAUGUUAGAGACUGG